AUGGCAAAAGGCUUUCUUCUUCUCGCUUUCGCGCUGAUCGAGUGUAUGGGCCGUGGCGUCAUGUCGGUCCCGGCUGACGACACAAUGGAUACAGCGAAGACAUUGGCCGCGGUCUCAACUCCACCAAAUACUGUCAACACGAUGGAGGGUCAUGACCAUGUGACUACCGAUCCUGGACCUGAAGAAAGGCACGGGGGUCAGUCGAUAAUCACGGAUGUAGCAGCAAAUGUGGGAAACUCUCUCCGCACUGGGAUGGGCCAUGGACAGAAGGCGGUAGAGUCGUCGUGGUUUCUCACGAAGGUGAAGAACUUUUUCAAAAUGUUCAGAAAACCGUCUGAUGAAGAGAUAAGACGGAUGGAGGAUUUCCUUGGCCUGAGCCAUUCGCAAUUGUACAAUGGAGAGAUCAGCCUACUGACGUACGCGUAUUAUCGCGGUGCAUUUGCGCGAUACUCCAAGGAAUACCGUGGCUAUUUUAAAGAAGUCCGACAGAUAGUAAAGGAUAUACGAGCGUAUCACGCUUUCUUGCAAGCUCCACGCGAGGCCGAUCAUCCUCUAAACCUACUGGAUGCUAAGUUGGCUAUGAGGGCUUCGUAUGGUUUGUAG